UUUCAUUUAAUUUCACUUGCCGCUCUCUUUCUCACUAUCUAUCCAUUUUCUUACGUUUUCCGUAGUUGCUGUGUUGCGCCACUGAGUUGGAUUUCGAUCUUCGAUUUCCCAUUCGCAAGUGGGCCACAGAGUGCUUCUUGUGGAGUGCGUGAAUAGACACAAGUACAAGGAGGUGUUAUUUUUGUGUGAUAUUGAGGAUACUGCAGUGAUUGGAUCUUUGAUAUCAAUUCACUGAUGGAAUGCAACAAGGACGAGGCUGUGAGGGCUAAGCAAGUGGCAGAAAGUAGAAUCCAAAGGGGUGAAUUUGUAGAGGCACUGAAGUUUGCUAACAAGGCUAAAAAGCUGUAUCCUGAUGUUGAAAACAUUGCUCAGAUCCUUGCAGUUUGUGAGGUUCACAAGGCUGCACAGAACAAACUCUCUGGGUCUGUAAUGGAUUGGUAUGGAAUUCUUCAGACUGAAAGACUUUCUGAGGAAGCAAUAAUAAAGAAACAGUAUAGAAAGCUUGCACUGCUACUUCAUCCUGAUAAAAAUAAAUUUGCUGGCGCAGAAGCUGCUUUCAAGUUGAUUGUGGAAGCCAAUGGGGUUUUGAGUGACCAAGCAAAUCGAUCUUUAUAUGACAUGAAGCUUAAAGUCCAUCCGAGAACUGCAGUACCUAAGACCUCAUCCCAUCAAUCAAAUGGGAAUGUAUCUGCAGCAAAACAUGUUCCCAAUGUAACAAAAUCUCGGAAAAAGUGUUCUUCAAACUUCCCUUCUUGGAAUCCCCAUCUGAAAGCAGCACAACCGACAUUCUGGACAACUUGCAAACAUUGUAACACCAGGUUCAACUUCUACACAACAUUUUUUAAUAUGGCCGUACUUUGUCCAAAAUGCAGGCAAUCAUUUGUAGCUCAUGCUUUUAGUCACCAGGCUGCCCCACCAUUUGUAUCGACUAUUGCCCCAAAUUAUGCUCCAAUGCAGGCUCCACCAAAACCAGCCUCAAGAAGUAAUGGUGGAAACCCCCUUGGUGGUGGAUGGGCAGAUGCCUUUGUGCAAUCGUAUCCUUCAUUUAUGAAAACCUGUGUUACUGGAGUUGGUAAGCAACAGAAAGGUGAAAAGAAUGAAGAUGGCCAUGUUCCUGUGUUGAAAACUAUGGAUUCACAGACCUCCAAAUAUGUUGGAAGUAAGAGGGUGAGACAGGCAGCACCAGAUUUAAAAGAGAGCUUCAACACUGGAAAUGUCAAUGAAAAGAAAGACGUCAAUGUUCGAGGAAAUGAUGUUGAUCCUUCAAUAUUGAAUGUAAGAAGGUCUUCCAGACAAAAGCAACAUGUUUCAUAUGUGGAAAAAUCUGAAGUUGACAAUUUUGAUAUUCCUUCCAAAAAGCCACGACAAAACGGAUCAUUGCACAAUGAUGAAGUUCAGAAAAAGAAUGCGUCUGAAGAAACAUUUGUAAGGAAUACAAGGAAAGAUGAGCAUUCUCAUGUUCAAGGAGAUAAGGUAUUCGAGUCAGAUCUUGAUCCUAGAACGUUAGACAAGGAAAACUGCUCGCCAUUGAAUUCAAAUGUCCCUUCUACUCCAGAGGUCAUUCAUUGCCCUGAUCCAGAUUUUAAUGAUUUUGAUAAGGAUAGGGCGGAGGGCCAUUUUGGUGUUAAUCAAGUCUGGGCAAUUUAUGAUUCCACUGAUGCUAUGCCGAGAUUUUACGCUCUUGUUAAGAAAGUGGCCUCCCCUUUCAAGUUGCAGUUUACUUGGUUGGAACCUAACCCAGAUGACCAAGGUGAGGCUGACUGGCAUUAUGCAGAUUUGCCUAUUGCUUGUGGUAAAUUCAAACUUGGUGACUCUCAGAAAACAACAAAUAGUGAAAUGUUCUCUCAUCAGAUUCAGUGUAUAAAAAGAAAUGGCAAAAGUUCUUACCUAGUGUUUCCCAAUAAGGGAGAAACUUGGGCGAUUUUCAGAAAUUGGGAUAUCAAAUGGAGUUCUAAUCCUGAAAAUUAUUUGAAGCGUGAAUUUGCUUAUGUGGAAAUCCUAUCAGAUUUUGCUGAAAAUGUUGGUAUUGAAGUAGCUUACCUAAGCAAAGUGAAAGGGUUUGUUAGCCUUUUUGAGAAAACUGGAAAGAAUGGAGACAGCAUGCUUUGUAUUCCGCCUAAUGAGCUUUAUAGAUUCUCACAUCGAAUCCCUUCAUAUAAGAUGAGUGGUGAUGAAAGGGAAGGUGUUCCAAGAGGCUGUUUUGAACUUGAUCCCGCUGCCCUGCCAACAAAUUUCGAUGAUGCUGAUUGUGGUGAUGUAAAUACUGGAGUACCAGCAAGGGAAUAAUGCACGGAAGUGAAAUAGAUUCAUCGACUUUGGGAAGAUCAAGGGAAAAGGUAUGAACAAUGGCUUGUUAGGCUAAUGAAGGAUAAGAACACCGGUGUAAAAAAGUGGAGGAAAACCGCAUUCCUCAAAUUGUUUUGAUUAAAUCUAUGACUUCAAGAUGCUACUUUUUGUCAUGUGUUUCUUUUUGUCCAUAUACACCUUGUCUAUUUUAAGAAUUUAUCUUUAAUCUUGUGUUUUCUUUUACUAACUCCUAAUCUUGUAUUGUGGCUUGGCGUUCCUUAAUUGUGUAUAAAGUUCAUUUCCCCUAA